GCUCCGCGCCCGAGGCUGCCGGGGACGGAGCGCGGGUCCAGGUCGGGGCCACCUUCCCGCCGGCCGCCGCCCGCCGAGCGACCCCGGAGUGUGUGUCCAGAUGCAGGUCCAGCUGCCACCAGGGAUUCCUCAGGGAGACUGAAAGGCUGGUGCCCUGGCCCAGGUUGAGGCCAACUAGCCUGAGCCUGGGGAAUGGCAGCCCCCCUGGACCCUCAGGACCAGGCCUCUGGGGAGGGAGAAGGGCUUCUGAUCGUCAAGGUGGAAGAUUCCUCCUGGGAGCAGGACUCGGCCCAGCAAGAGGACAGCAAGGAUGCUGAGGCCUGCCGCCAGCGCUUCCGGCAGUUCUGCUAUGGGGAUGCAGGCGGGCCCCAUGAGGCCUUCAGCCAGCUCUGGGAGCUCUGCUGCCGCUGGCUGAGGCCCGAGGCACGCUCCACGGAGCAGAUCCUGGAGCUGCUGGUGCUGGAGCAGUUCCUGAGCGUGCUUCCGGAGGGCAUCCAAGACUGGGUGCGGGACCGGUGUCCAGGGAGUGGUGAGGAGGCUGUCGCCUUGGUAGAGGAUCUGCAGAUACAGCCUGGGAAAGCCUGGCCGCAGGACGUGCCCUCAGAGGAUGUGGAACCCGAGGCUACAGUCCAGGGAUCCCAGGCCAGGGGGCUUCCCCCAAAGGUGGGGGCACGAAGCUGGCUGCCCAUCCCCUGGGAACAGCAAGGCUGUGGCGCCCAGCUCCCUGCUCUUCUUAAAGAGGGGAGCACCAGAGAGACUGCGGACGUCUGCUUUGCCUCCGGGGUCCAUGGACCCCUGACCUCUGGCGACAUCCCCUUCUAUUUCUCUCGGGAAGAAUGGGCUUCCCUGGACCCGGCGCAGAGGGACCUCUUCUGGGACAUAAAGCGGGAGAACUCCCGGCACGUGGCCCAGGGUUCCGGGCUCGGGAGCCAAAGCCCCAGGAGGCCGCUGGAGGAGGCUGGGACGGUGCUCCCGGGCCAGGCCGGCGCCGGCCGGCUGGGGCCCUGGAGCCUGGAGGGGGCCGGCGCCUGGGCCGGGGCGGUGCGGCCAGGGGCGCCCGUGGGGCGCGUGGGGGUGCGGCGGGGGCGGCCGCCCACGCGCCGCCGGCAGUUCCGGGACCUGGCGUCGGAGAAGCCGCACGGCUGCGGCCAGUGCGGGAAGCGCUUCCGCUGGGGCUCGGACCUGGCGCGCCACCAGCGCACGCACACGGGCGAGAAGCCGCACAAGUGCCCCGAGUGCGACAAGAGCUUCCGCAGCUCCUCGGACCUGGCGCGCCACCAGGGCGUGCACACGGGCCAGAAGCCCUUCUCCUGCUCCGAGUGCGGCAAGAGCUUCAGCCGCGGCGCCUACCUGGCCGACCACCAGCGCAUCCACACCGGCGAGAAGCCCUUCGCCUGCGGCGACUGCGGCAAGAGCUUCUCGCUGCGCUCCUACCUGCUGGACCACCGGCGCGUGCACACCGGCGAGCGGCCCUUCGGCUGCGGCGAGUGCGACAAGAGCUUCAAGCAGCGCGCCCACCUCAUCGCGCACCAGAGCCUGCACGCCAAGAUGGCGCAGCCCGUGGGCUGAGGCCCCGCACCCGCAGACCCACCCGUCAGCCCCAGGACCCGGACGGGCAUCCCUCUGACCUCCUGGCCACUCCUCCGCUGCGGGGUCUCUGGCCUCUGACCCCCUGGAGCGCGGCUGUUAGGAGUGGGGGCUCUGGGAGGGGUCCCUGCCCUGAGCCCCGGCUGUUUCCAGCCUCCUCCAGCAGCCCACGGGCAGGUCCUUUGUCCUGCCACCCUGUGCCUGGUGGCGGGGCGGGAGACAAGCCUGAACGCUGGGCACCGCGGGGACGGCAGCCGCCCUAGGAGGUCCUGGCAUGGCCCGUGGCGUUCGGGCCCCCCUUUCCAGGCCAUCACCCCUCUGCCCUGUCCUGGCGACGGGGCAGCUGCCCGUGCCCACGGAGUCCCUGAGCAUACCCUGUGCCAGCCUGGCGAGGGGGGUGCGGCUCCGGGGGCGGGAGGCCGACGACAGACCAAGAGCUGGGCGGGAGAGGCCGGCUGCUCCUGCCCUGGCGGCCUGGGCUCACGGCACUUAACACUAGCGCUCGGCCGCGGCCUGUCCCAGCACAGCCCUCCGCCGCUCGCCCGCGCUGCCUCGUGGGGGCCGUGUCGGCCGCGGAGCAGCACCGACAGGGACAGGCCACGGCCCCCAAAGGAGCUCGCCCAGCCGACUCCCCAAGUUUGAAAGAAACAGAAUAAGGGUUCAAAUAAAAGUGCAAACUUCCUCCAGGCUGUUCUGUUCUUCGGGUGGCUGCUGGCGGGGGAGAGACCUGGGAUUCCUGCCCCUCGGCCUCCGGGCUGGUGUCCUGAGGGCGGGUGAUGCUGGGCGCCACCGGGUGGCCAUCGUUGGCUUCCAGGGCA